AUGACCGCAAGAGAAGAAGCAACGGCUCCAGGCAUCGAUGCGAGAAAGUUUUACAGGCGCUCGUGCGUACCCGAAGUUUCGCAGCCGGUCACGGGCCUGCUACGUGGAGAGCUGCCAACUUGGCUUCGAGGUAGGCUUUUACGGAACGGUCCGGGAUUGUCUUCGAUCGGCCCAGACCACUACAACCAUGUAUUCGACGGUCCCGCUCUGUUGAGGCAGUUCACCAUAGAGAAUGGCCGAGUGGUUUACCAGAACCGCUUCCUGCGGAGCGAAGCAUACGUACGCAACCGGAGGGCCAACAGAAUCGUCGUCUCCGAGUUUGGAACCGCGGCGCACCCUGACCCUUGUGCCACCGUAUUCGAACGGGUGGCGUCGUAUUUCUCCAUGGACACCACGGACAACGCUCUGGUGAACGUGAUGCCCGUGGGCGACGAGGUGUACGCCAUGACGGAGGCACCUCACAUGACUCGAGUAGACCCUGCGUCGUUGGAGACUAUGGAGAAGAAAACCUUGAGUAAAAUGGUGGCUGUGCACAUUGCCACCGCCCAUCCACAUUUGGACCCCGACGACGGCGCUACAUACAAUAUCGGUACACACGUAGGUGCGCGUCAUUCCUUCGUACUUGUGCACUUUGCUCCCGGCGGAUCCGAAAGCUCGGUGGACCGUGUCAGAGCCGUGGGCAGGAUAUCGUUGAAAUCUCGCAUAUCCCUGCCGUACAUUCACAGUUUUGGAAUGACCGAAAAUUGGGUGGUCGUGCUGGAGCAGCCUCUUUCCAUGCACCUGCCUUCCAUGUUAGCGACGAAGUACCUGGGCUACAAGGCGUACGUGAACUCCCUGAAUUUCGAUGCCGAGAAGAACGUCCGCUUUCACGUAAUGAACAAGAAAACGGGGGAGCUUCACCCCGCCGUGUUUGAGUCCGCCGCAUUUUGCACUUUCCACCACAUCAACGCCUUCGAGCAGGGCGACGAGCUUGUGGUCGACCUAAUAUGCUUCGACGACGAAAGCGUCAUCAGGUCCUUCGACUACACGGUGGAAAAGCCCGUCGUGUUCAAAAUGGGACAAAUGCGUCGUUUUUCGUUGCCUCUGAAGCGAGGGCCGGGCGAGCGUGUCAUCAUCGAGUCCCGGGAACUAGCCACAGGCAAGCUGCGCGGGGAACUUCCUAGAAUCAACCAAGGCCGCAAUGGGAAACCAUACAAGUAUAGCUACAACCUCAGCAACAUCGAAGGCGAAGAACACAUGGCAUUCGUCUCCAAGCUUGACGUCACUACGGGCGAUUGGCUGCGCUGGGAAAGGCAAAGAUGGCUCCCCUCAGAACCUGUCUUUGUAGCGCGUCCAGGCUCUGUUGAGGAAGACGAUGGUGUCGUCCUGAGCUCCCUUUUGCACGAGGAGAACGAGAAGCUCGCUCUGGUGGUAUUGGACGCGAAAACAUUCGAACAACUGGCCUUUGCCGAGUUUGACUGCCCGUCCUCAAUUCCGGCGGAUUUUCACGGAUGGUUUCUGGAGAAGCAGGCUUAAAAAGCAAUUUGAACUGCUAUACAGGGUGAUACCAUGAGAAGCCAACAAACACUGAUACCAAGGACAACAUCGUGAGAAUUACUGGUGCUUAAUAAAUGAAAUAAAGAAACGAUGAGUUAUUGGAAAUUAAAGUGGAAGAAGAAACAACUUGCGAUGGUGGGGACGAUCCCACAACCUUCGCAUUUCGCGUGCGAUGCUCUACCAAUUGAACUACUGCGGCGCCGUUUCCCCAUCCACUUGGGUAUUUAUGUUUCCUAUCAGA